AUGGAUGUCCCAGGUUCAGGAUCAUAUAUCAGUGAGGGAUCGACUGACAAGGUUCGGAGAGCAGAUGUGUGGCGUCUUUUACACCUAUCACAGCCACCGAAGAUGAUCUACAUUAUGAAAGCCGCCCGUUUACGCCAUGGGCUCCGAUUGGGUACACUACUGUCCGUAACUCACUGGAACUGGACUUUGGAGGAUGGAACAGUCAUUGAAGAUCAAGGCUAUGAAAGUACGGCUGGCGACAGCUUUCCAGAGGAGAGUAAUAUAGAUACGGAUAUGAUAGCAGAUCUAGUGUUCCAUCAGAAAUCACUCAAUCAAGAAGCAUCUCGGGAGGCGUCCCUUGACAUAUUUCGAUGGGUUACAGUCAACGGCGAAGGAACUCCCCCCGAGAAAGUAUACAGGGACGCUUGGGUACAAUUUGGGGAUGACAGUGAUGAAGAGGCGGAUGUGUCAAAUGAUGACAAUAGUGCAUGCUAUGAGCGAGGAGAUAGACUGGGAGAGUGGCAUGGCCAGAUUAUAUAG